ACCUAGUGAGACUCGUUUACAGGAGUAAAGAGUUCAUGACAGUUCAGAAAUUAGACGGUGCUGCACUUUCGUAAACGUAUUAGCCACGUCAAGCUAACAGACAGAGCGGAUGAGUGAGAUUUAAUACAUCCGCUCUGCUGACUUUCAGCAUAAAAUACACCGGAACUACUCUCUAAGAUAUGUCUUUUAAUUUGAAAACUAAAAAAAAAAAUGUUCUCGCUUUUAUUGUAUAAAACUUGACAGUAGUGCAAGUACUGUAGUUGUACGUAUUUUGCUGCGUUUUCUGGUUGACACCGUGUUUUAGAAGCGGUUUUGACGCUUCUACGCGUACUUGUACUUUGUUAGAUGUUUUUGUUCUCCGUCAACGGUAACAUGUCGGCCGUUUGUCGGGUUUUCUAGAAGUCUUAGAGGGAGAGUUGUCGUCGGGGCCUGUUCUGGUUAUUUCCAUCACUGCCGCUGGCUAACAAGUCCCUAAACAGAAAUGUCACUGGAGGACUAUGAAAGACAUUUCGACUCGCUAAAUUCGGAUUUGGGCGGCGGGUCUGUGGUCAGUGAGCGGUCAGCUUCGGGAACAUUUAAUGGCGAGGAGGAGAAGUUGCAUUACAUUCCUAUCAGGAUCCUCGGGAGGGGGGCGUUUGGUGAAGCCACUCUGUACAGAAGGACAGAGGACAACUCUCUGGUGGUAUGGAAGGAGGUGGACCUGAACUCGCUCUCAGAAAAGGAGCGCAGAGAUGUCAUGAACGAAAUAAGCAUCCUGUCCAUGCUGGAGCACAACAACAUCAUAGCCUACUUCAAUCACUUCAUGGAUAAAAACAGUCUGCUCAUUGAGUUGGAGUACUGCAAUGGGGGAAACCUGUAUGACAAAAUCCUUCAACAGAAGGGGAAACUCUUCAGCGAGGAGGUGGUCAUAUGGUACCUUUACCAGAUCGCCUCAGCAGUGGGUCACAUUCACAAGGCUGGGAUUUUACACAGAGAUAUCAAAACUCUGAACAUUUUCCUUACCAAGACUGACCUCAUUAAGUUGGGAGAUUAUGGCCUCGCAAAGAAGCUAGACUCUGAGUUUUCAAUGGCUGAGACUUGUGUGGGAACUCCAUAUUACAUGUCGCCUGAAUUGUGCCAGGGAGCAAAGUACAACUUCAAAUCAGACAUCUGGGCCAUGGGUUGUGUAGUUUUUGAAGUCUUAACUCUUACAAGAACGUUUGAUGCAACGAAUCCUCUAAACCUCUGUGUAAAAAUAGUCCAGGGAAACUGGACUAUGGAGGUGAACUCGGAUGUUUAUUCAUCUGCGUUGAUCAAGCUGGUGUACGAGUGUCUGGAUCAAGAUCCUGCAAAGAGGCCCACGGCUGAGCAGAUCCUGGACCAGCCAGUCAUCUCCUGUUGCCGACAGGAGCUUGAAGAGCGAGUGGCGUUACUGAAUUCAGCAAUGAAGAAACCAAAGCUGAGCACAGUGACUGAGACCCCAGUUGCUGUCGUGACUACACGUUCGAGGGAGGUGUAUUUCUGGGGAGGAGGGAAGUUCACUCCUCAACAAAUGGAUGCGUUCAAAGGAGGCAGCAGUGCCCAACACGUGUGUGCAGGGGAGAGUCACUUUGCAGUGGUGACGGUUGAAAAGGAGCUGUACACCUGGGCUAAUGUCCAAGGUGGGGCCAAGAUGGUGGGCCAGCUGGGGCAUGGAGAUCAGGCCUCAUACCGGCAGCCAAAGAAGGUGGAUAAGCUCCAGGGGAAGGCCGUCCGACAGGUGGCGUGUGGGGCUGAUUUUACUGCCUGUGUCACUGAUGAGGACCAGAUGUACAUGUUUGGGUCAGAUUAUUACGGCUGCAUUGGAGUAGAGGGCGAGAUGGGGAUGGAGAUUUUGGAGCCGGUGCUUCUGGAGUUUUUUGAGGAGCGACACGUCCGCCAGGUUUCAUGUGGAGACAAUCAUGUGGUGGUGCUGACCCAGAAUGGCGACAUCUACUCAUGGGGCUGCGGAGAGUAUGGGCGUCUUGGCAUAGAAUGUGAGGAUGACUUCUCUUCUCCGAUGCAAGUGGAGAUUCCCAAAGGUGCCACCAUCUCCUCAGUGUCAUGUGGCAGUGAUGGAACCUUCUUUCUGACGGAGACUGGCAAAGUGCUAGCAUGUGGACACAACGAGUUCAACAAGCUGGGACUGAACCAGGGUCUCUCUGGUCUCAAAAACCAUCCUGGAGAGAGUUCCCAAGUGAUCCCAUACAUCACCACACUGACCUUGGUAAAGCAGCUGUCACAUUUCAAGAUCCAGGUCAUAGCUCCAGGAAAGACCCACACAGCUGCCAUUGAUGCACGUGGUCGCCUUAUCACCUUUGGUUGCAACAAGUUUGGACAACUGGGUGUGAAGGACUUCAAGAGACACCAAGGUGUUCAAGUCCUUGUUGGACCGUUUGGAGGGAAGAUAGUGACCAAAGUGUCUUGUGGAGAUGGAUUCACUAUUGCAGCCACUGAAGACAAUCAGAUCUUUGCGUGGGGAAACGCAGGAAAUGGGAGACUCGGGAUGCCUGCUGAUAAGGGGUUUGGUUCAGAGGUGUGCCCUGCCAUGCCAAGGCCCAUCUUUGGUUCCCUCCACCACGUACCGGACCUUUCUUGCCGUGGCUGGCACACUAUUAUCAUCAUGGAAAAAGUGCUCAACUCAAAGACCAUCCGCUCUAACAGUAGUGGGCUAUCAGUUGGAAGUGGGUUGGGCCAGGAGGCCUCGAGUUUCACAGUGGAUCUGGACAUAGAACCUGGCUCUGAGACUGAGUGUCGUGACAGGGUUCUUGGAGGAACACUGGAGGUUAAUACAGAGGACUGCCUCAUGGAGACCCCGAUGAUGUCGAUGACGAAUCAGACUGCCGAUAGCUCCUGUCCUUUCUGGCUUAGAAAGGAGCUUGAAGAUGCAGAGUUCAUCCCAAUGCCAGAUGAACGCGAUCCAUUCAGUCCUGACCAGCUCUCCUCUUUCUCUGAGAGCGUUACUCUACCAUACGAUGAACUGAAAGAGCUUAAGGCUGCAGCAGCAGCAGUCAGCAGUAAUACAGGCCUAUCGACUAAACGAAUGACCUGUGAUAAAGUCAACGGACGGGAGGAGACUGACAUCUGCAGAAAAGGAGAAUCAGGCGCAUGCUGCAAAGCAAGUAGUGAGGUGGCACAGCUGCGAGAGACAAUCGCCCAUCAAGAGAUGAGGAUCCAGAUGCUUGAAAAGCAGGUCAGUGAGCAGCAGAAGGAGAAUGAGAGGCUCUGGGCGGCGAUCAGUCGUUCUGCGCUACAGGAAGCAGGAUGGGACAGUAAUGGAAACCAUCACCCCAAUCGUAUUUCUGGAGCUGGAGGAGGAAGAAGAGGCGGACUGACAAAUCACGGAGGCCGAUCUGCUGGGGCCAGUGUGUGAGAUUUAACCUGGAGAUGUCCUGGUUUUGGGAGAAGUGUCAAAUGCACAUAGUGGAUUAAGCAAGCUGGUUAGACUGGGAGGUAGAGGCUCGGUGGGAGGUGCAGCAGAGACUGCAUUUUGAUUCCCACCCAGUGGUUACGUUACAGUAUCGAUGUUUAAUAGAGAGUGAAGUUGCAUAAUUACAUUUUAUUGCAUAUGAAAUAAUGUAUAAUGCAUCGCACGCUCUCAGUGCACACGUAUUUUCACCUGGUUGUGGUUAUCUAGCAAGUUUCUCCAUAGCAAGUUUCUCCAGACUGAAAUGUUGGCUGGACUCAACAUAAAGCUUUGGACCCAAACACCUGCGAGAGGCAAUCUAAUCAUAGUGUUACGCUGCAAUGUGAAUGUUGGUGGUGUUAUUGUUGACUUAAAGCGACGUCAGCAUUGAGGCCUCAGACCUUAGUGCCUUAGAUAUUAUCACAAACCCAGGUAAGACUAGCUUAUGCAGAUAGGAAACCAUUUCCUAGUGUAUCCAAAGUGUUGAGAAAUGAGAAGGUGGGCAGCCAGUAUAUUGGUGUCAUCUUCCAAUGUGAAAACAUACUGUAGCUUUCCUAUGUAUCACUUUUCAUUUUAUCUUGUAUUCUUAAACAGCUAAAGUGUCAAAUCUAAUAGCUUUUUUAUCAUAUUUAUCAGACAUAUUAGCUAUGACAAACAUAUUCUAAUUAUCUCAUGCAAAUACACAGUAUAUAUAUGUGUGUAUCUAUAUAUAUAUACUUUGCAUGAUUUAUUGUCACAUUAAGAGCAUUUGUGUGAAAAACUACUGAUUCAUUUUUUUAACAAGUUGGCAACCCUUUCUCUCUUGCCUUCUUUUACUCUUGAAUUCUUGUAGAAGCAGCACAUGUAGGUCUGUUUUCUUUGUGACAUGUAUGAACACUUGAACACUUUUCUUAUAAAAUGUGGUCUUUAAAGCAUAUGUAAUAUAGUUGACCUUGCAGCUAUGAUGUCAUUUUCUUACUUCAUUUUUUUUCUUUCACCAUUUUGUCAGUCUUUGGUACGUUCUGAAAUUUUCUUUUGCCAUUUUGUGCAUCAUUUGUGAAUGGGGAAAAAAUGUGUUUUCUUUUUAUUUGAGAUCUGUUUGGUUUGUUUCUUAUGCGUGUUAUAGCAUAUGUGUGCACGUAUGUGUCUAAAAUCCAUACAUAGCCUAUAACUCAUGGUCACAUGAGCUGUCAGAUGACAUCACUGUAACACUGGCAGUAUUUUAAUGCAGUAAAAUGCAGUGUUAAUUCCACAGUGCCGUAGAAGGCCAUUGCAUCUAGAAGAGACAUAAACAUGACCACGCUGUGCCUUGGGUGAACUUUUUAUUCAGUGUUUUGAGCAUUUAGGAAUAUAGUUUACUUUUUUCAACUGUUUACCAAAUAUCAUGUGGCUGUAGCAGUUGUACAGACUCUCCUGUCACAGUCACACUGUUGUUUCAUGCUUUGUGUACAAGCCAUAAAUAAAACUAGCAGCUGUCUUUUA